CCAACAGUCACACAAGAUGAAGAAGAUGAAGAAAAGCAACGACCAAAGUGCGAACGCAAUCAUCUUUGACCCGUCCACGGUGUUGACGCAUGUGAUCAAAACAAACGCCGCCGUCUUGCCAAGCUUCAACCGACUGCCCAAAAAGUGGCAGCUGGUUAUCGAGACCCUGAU